CAUACCAUCGGCUCCAGGAGUCCAAGCUCCAGGCUGGAGCCAGGGCCGUAGUCUAACUCCUGGGGAGGAGGGCUGGAAGGGGGGCCAGUGAGGAGCAGCAAGAGUUGGCCCUCCACCUCAGUACAUGGACGUUGCCUCUCAACCCCCAGCUCUGGCAACCCUCCCCCUUCUGGUGCUUCUCAACCAAGGCAAGGACUAAGUGCCCCCUUCUCUCCCCACCUCUCUCCAGAAACAGCCCACCGCCGCCAUGUCUGACGAGGAAGUAGGAGAAACCAAGACCCAAACUCACGGCUCCUAAGAUCCCAGAAGGGGAGAAAGUAGAUUUCGAUGACAUCCAGAAGAAGCGUCAGAACAAGGACCUUAUGGAGCUGCAGGCCCUCAUUGACAGCCACUUCGAGGCCAGGAAGAAGGAGGAAGAGGAGCUGAUUGCUCUCAAGGAGAGAAUUGAGAAGAGGCGUGCAGAGAGGGCCGAGCAGCAGAGGAUCCGCGCCGAGAAGGAACGAGAGCGCCAGAAUAGACUGGCGGAGGAGAAGGCCAGAAGAGAGGAGGAGGAUGCCAAGAGAAGAGCUGAAGAUGACCUGAAGAAGAAGAAGGCACUGUCCUCCAUGGGAGCCAACUACAGCAGCUACCUGGCCAAGGCUGACCAGAAGAGAGGCAAGAAGCAAACGGCCCGGGAGAUGAAAAAGAAGAUUCUUGCAGAAAGACGCAAGCCCCUGAACAUUGACCAUCUUAGUGAUGACAAGCUGAGAGACAAGGCCAAGGAGCUCUGGGACACCCUUUACCAACUUGAGACUGACAAGUUCGAAUUUGGAGAGAAGCUGAAACGCCAGAAAUAUGAUAUCACCACCCUCAGAAGCCGUAUCGACCAGGCCCAGAAGCACAGCAAGAAGGCCGGUGCCACGGCCAAAGGCAAAGUCGGUGGGCGCUGGAAGUAAAGGAGCCGAGAGGUGUGUGGUGGCAGAGACCCUCCGCCCUGAUUCCUGCCAGGGCCUGUUUCUUCAGCUCUGGGUCCUCCAACCCUCAUCAUGCCCAGGCCCCUUCUGGGGCUCAGGACCCAUCCUGCCACAACGCCCCCACCCCCUGGGGUCUGGGAAUAAAGUUAUCAGACCCCCUUC